AUGGCCAGGGAGUUGAAGGCCAUGUGGGACAAGAUUGAGCGCGUGAAAGAGCUCACACGCGCCGCUGGUCAGACCCCCAAAAGCGGCCCCAACCAGUACGGAGCGAUGUCCGGCCUCCGUGGCAACGCGUGGGAUGUCCAGGGGAAGGAUGAGGACGGCCCGAACAUGCUCCAUGCAUCAGCGGUGGUCCGGCAACUGCUCACUGGCUUCGGGGCGCCGGAACAGUCUCCGCUUGGUCGAAGCCCCGAUGUCGUGCAGCAUGUGCUUCGGUGUGCGAAGCCGACUCAAGCGCUCUUGGAGAUGAACAGCCAGGCACUUGCGGCGCCUCUUCAGCACGCGCUCGAGGUCCAGGGGGAGAGCGUCGGCCCUCCAGCAGCUGCUACAGCUGGCGGUGGCAGGUCUGGGCCCGACGGUGCAGCCUGUACACAGGUUCCCAGGGUUUCGUACGCUUGUGUGCACCUGUUGAAGGAUGGACUGUGGCACGUCAAAUUGGUGAAGGACCCCAAAAACCUGAGCACGAUCAUGCUCGGCACGUAUGAGGACCAGCUAGUCGGUGCGCGGGCGUUUGCCGCUGCUGUGCAUGUCGUCCGCCGCCAUACACCGGUUCGUGGCCGGGUUUUGCCGCUGCAGCAAGCCGAUCUUGAGAUCUUGAGGGGUUGCACCACCCGCCACGUGGAGUUCUUGGCUAGGCGGAGGGCAUGGGGGAGGUGGGAGCGAUGGCAGACAGAGAUUGAAGAGUUGGGCGGCCUUCCUGCAGCGGCGGAAGGUGAUGCAGAGGCGGCACAAGCCGAGGAGACCGCCGCAACACAAGUCGGUGCUACCGCCACCGCGCCUACCUCUGAGCCACUCACUGCCCCAGUCACCGAGCCCGGUGCUACACCAACCCGUGGUGACGUGGUGGCCGCUGCUGCAACCCCACUUCCAGGGACCGAGGGCGCGACACAGGAAGACGAGGGUGGUGCGGCGACCGUGGGUAAGAUUGUUUAA